GGUGAAGAGAGUAUGCCCAAAACACAACUGACUGUUAGUAGAUAGAUGAGAUAUGUGACUGAAAUGCUGCUGGUACCUUCAUUUUAAAUGUUAGGGAGCUAUUUGGAGAUGCUGCCAUCAUUUUGAUUAUUUACUGAUUUGUCCACACACACACAAACACCACCAUGGGCCAACUGUUCUCAUCAGAAGAACAGCUUUCUCAGGUGAAGGAUGCGAUGGGUUUCGUCCUCUACGACGCCAUGUUGGAAGGCGGCGCUGUACCUGACCUCGAAGUCGUCCACCCUCUCCUCUUAUCCAAUCACGGAGAGAGCUUUGACUCCCGGGCCGGCCUCCAGGAACAACUAAAACAGCUACAGGGCGACAUUGGGAAAAGGGCGCCGACCUACCUGAAGGAUCUGAUUGGCCGACUGUCGUCCUUCUCUGAUGAGCUACGCCUGGCCGGCCUGGUGGGAUUGGUGGUUUCCAUGGUGAUGGAUAUGGCCUACACAUCGAAACAGCCAUCAGCUGUGAAAGGGAAGUCAGCGGGGUCGUCAUCAGGCCAGCAGAGGGUCUGGGAGCUGCAGGAGGUGACGGAGGAGUACCUGAAGCGCUGCAGGAUCAACCUGAGUGACAAAAGCAAACUAAUCCAGGACUCUGUGAGACUUGAAGCUCAGCUCAGCCUCACCCUCACCCAGCUGAAGACCUCCCUGCUGGGGGGAGACUGUGACUCCAGGUCUCUGAGGCACUGGGCCAGCGGGGCAGCGUUUCACACCCAGAUGUUGGUGCACCUGGCCGGCCUCGAGGGGCAGGCUGAGCCCCGGGCUGCCAGGGCCGCUCUGGAGCAAUACAAGGAGGACCUCACACAGAUCAUACCUGCGUACAGGCAUUAUAAGUCUAAUAUGGUGUGUGUGGUGAAAUGUCGAGGGAGUCUUCUGGCGUCAUGUGACCCCCACAGCGAGGAGCCAGAGGAGGGGUCCAUGACGGGACUCACAGUGACGGACAGAGAGACAGGAAAGAGUGUCACCCUCUCUCUAUCCACCAUGAAGGAAGAGACAGGGAGAAGAAUGAGAGUCUCUGGGACUGACGCCACCCCUGUGCCAACUGUGCCCUCCUCCUCCUCCUCCAUUAACCUGGACCUUAUCACCUCAGAUCAAUACGCCCAGGCAUACCUGCACCAUCUGUUCUCUGAUAAGGGACCUCUGGCAGAGCUAGAGGACUACUUUAUCAAGGCUAGUGCCAAUCUGAGAACACUGAGAACUGAACCAGGAUGUACAAACAACAAAGGCGUGGGAAACGAGAUAAAAGAAAGUGAUGGAGUGCAUGUUAGAGACCAGGCACAGGGCAGUGAUGGAGAACAGAGAGUGGACAGGAGAGGACGACUAGAGGAGGAGUGUGAGCAGAGAGAUGAAGGUUUGCAACUGAGUAUUGUGGAGACGCAGCCGAAUGAGAGACCCAAUCACAGUUAAAACAAGUACAUGAAGGCCCCAUGACCCGACAGCAGCAACCAAACCUCGUUUAUUUAACAGAAACAUUAUAGUUAACUUGGAAAUAUGAAGGAGUUUUGUUAUGUUUUUUCACAUGUAUGUAUUCAGAGAGCAUAACUGACUGCUGGGUAUAAGCUGAAUAGCACUUCUUCUUAUUUAUACGGAACAAAAUUGGCCAAAUAUAAACUUUGGGUUUAACUGUUAUUUAUAAAAAGUGUGUUUCACAAAGGCUUUAAAUUUCAAUAAAU